UAGUUUGUUAUAUAGCGUUUGACUUGACGUCGGCGGAGAAGCGGGAGCGGGGGAGCGGAGGCAGGUAAAGGUGUGUGCGUGUGUGCGUGCGUGCGUGUGUGCGCUUGCUUAUGAAUGUGGGGGAGAGAGGAAGGGGUGACGGCGUGAAAAGGAGGCCGAGUGGGGGUAAGAAGGACCAAGGACCGGGGCUGAGAGGAGGAAGAGCUGGACGGAGAGGAGGAACAAGGAAGGGGGGAAGGAUGUCGGAGCGGAUCGCUUCGUGCGGGAGCCUGUGUGACAGCACCAACCUGCUGCUACAGUACUGCAACAACGAUGACACGGUGUCGGCCAGCAGUAACAUGGACAUGGAGGACCGAGUUUCCCACCUGGAGCAGAGGCUGCAGCUGCAGGAAGAUGAGAUCCAGCUGCUGAAGGCGGCUCUGGCCGACGCCCUGCGCCGACUGGGCUACUGUGAGGAGCAGAGCCUGUUGAUGCAACCAGGAGGCGUCCAUGCUGCUGGGAGGAGACCUCUGGCCACCGCAGCUUCAGCACCGCCUACCAAGGUGCGCCAGCUUCUGCAGGCUCUUCCCUCCAGACCUCUAAGUAAUGGCUAUGUUCAACAGAAACGCCUCCUUUCCUCCCCUUCAUCCCCUAAGAAAGAAGUGCUGCAGUCCAUUAAGAGGAAAAGUGUGUCCACAGAGCGUCUCACCCUGGUGAGGAGAGAGAUGGGAGCAGAGAGUCGGAGUCGAACCACCUCCUCCAGCAGCUCCUCGGGUGGCAAAAGCAAAUCCAAAGAAUGCACCUUCAAUGCAGAGGACGGCUAUGUGAGGAUGUUCCUCCGAGGUCGUCCUGUCACCAUGCACAUCCCUGACCAGCAGAGGGAGAGCUACAGCCUCGACCACAAGGUUGCGCUCCCUGAUCGCAAGCUCAAACUGCAGUGGGUGUACGGCUACCGAGGUCGUGACUGCCGCUCCAACCUCUACCUCCUGCCCACAGGAGAGAUCGUCUACUUCAACGCCUCUGUGGUGGUGCUGUACAACACUGAGGAGCAGCAGCAGAGACACUACCUGGGCCACAACGAUGACGUCAAAUGCCUGAGUGUGCAUCCUGACAUGGUUACCAUAGCAACGGGGCAAGUGGCUGGAAACUCUAAAGAUGGAAAGCUGCUGGCCCCUCAUGUUCGUGUUUGGGAUUCUGUGAGUCUCAAUACGCUGCAUGUGAUUGGGAUGGGAGUGUUCGACAGAGCAGUCACGUGUGUAGCUUUCUCCAAGUCGAAUGGCGGCAGCUUCCUCUGCGCUGUGGACGACGCCAACGACCACAUCCUGUCGGUCUGGAACUGGCAGAAGGAGAAGCAACUGGUUGAUGUCAAGUGCUCCAAUGACUCUGUGCUGGCCGCUGUGUUUCAUCCCAUGGACGCCAACGUGAUUGUCACCUGUGGAAAAUCUCACAUCAACUUCUGGACCAUGGAUGGCAACAGUCUGAGCAAGAGACAGGGCCUGUUCGAAAAACACGAGAAACCGAAGUAUGUUUUGUGUGUGGCGUUUGCUGGGAAUGGAGAUGCCAUUACAGGAGACUCCAGUGGGAACAUCUACAUCUGGGCCAAAGGUGGUAACCGCAUCAGCCAGGUGGUGUCGGGGGCCCACGAAGGCGGGAUUUUCUCGGUAUGUGUCCUGAAGGAUGGCACCAUGGUGUCUGGAGGAGGGAAGGACCGCAAGGUGAUGCUGUGGGACCAUGACUACAGAAAACAGGCUGAGAUGGAGGUGGGAGAGUCGUUUGGUCCUGUUCGGGCUCUGGCUGAAGGAAAACCAGGAGAGCUCUUUGUUGGAACCACCAGGAACGCCAUCAUCAGAGCUGCCUUCCCUGAUACUUUAACUCCCGUGGUACAGGGUCACACAGAUGAGCUGUGGGGUCUGGAUGCCCACCCCUCCAUGGAGCAGUUCGUCACCUGCUCCCAGGACAAACAAGUUCACCUCUGGGACACCAACUCCCAUCAGCCCCUCUGGAGCAAGACUAUUGACGAUCCAGGGAGGUCUGCAGGUUUCCACCCCAGCGGGGCUGUCCUGGCAGUAGGGACCAUGACUGGAAGGUGGUUGGUGCUGGACACUGACACCCGGGACCUUGUUUCUAUGCACACAGACGGCAACGAGAUCAUUUCCAACGUCAAGUACUCUCCAGAUGGUAACUUCCUGGCUGUCGCUUCCCACGACAACUUUGUUUACAUCUACGCUGUGACGGAGAAUGGCCGAAAGUACAGCCGUGCGGGUAAAUGCACUGGCCACUCCAGCUUCGUCACCCAUCUAGACUGGUCGAGAGACAGCCAGUACCUCGUCACCAACUCAGGAGACUACGAGAUCCUCUUCUGGGAGGCAUCCAGUGGUAAACAUGUGACCAACAUGGACACGGUGCGCAACCUAGAGUGGGCCACUUAUACAUGCACUCUGGCCUUCAAUACCUUUGGAAUAUGGCCAGAUGGAGCGGACGGCACAGACAUCAACGCCGUGUGCAGGUCACAUGACGGAUCCCUGCUGGCCUCUGCCGAUGACUUUGGCAAAGUGCACUUGUUCUCCUUCCCCUGCUCUCAACCAAAGGCUCCGGGCCACGAGUAUGGUGGCCACUGCAGUCACGUGACCAACGUUGCCUUCCUGCACGACGACAGUCACCUGAUCUCCGCCGGUGGGAGAGAUACCAGCAUCCUGCAGUGGGUGGUUGCCUAGGCAACGCUAUCGGUCCACAUCUCUAAUCCCCACAGACGGGGACCAGCAUCCUAUCUGCCCCCGGUCAGCCCGUCACUGUGUUAUCCUCCUGCCACCAGGGGGCAGCACCUCCUCUGUGCCUACUUGAAAUUAAAAAAAACCGCACACAAACACACAUCUUGACCGACCCACACAUCACACCAGAUGAGAUGAGGUGUAUCAUUGUAAUAAACGGAUUAUUAUUUAGUGUCCAGCUGUUUGUAAUAGAAUGUAGAGAAAAUGAGUUGUUGCCAGGCAGGAAGUGAAUCCUAACUGUUCCCCCC